AUGUCACUCCCACGCACUAUACGGGCUGGCACACGUCCUACGGGACUCAUCCCCGGAGCAUUGGGGCCUAGAUAUGGGCAAAUGAUGGGCAAAAGGCACAAGUCUGGGCCAUACGGUUACACACAGGCGAAAGCACUGGUGUAUUCGAAAUACGGCAAUCCAGCCGAUUCUUCACACACACUCCAUAACGCCCUCGCUCCCCCCUCAACCCUCCUCCUCCGCACCCUCGCAACGCCCAUAAACCCCGCCGACAUAAACCAAAUCCAAGGCGUCUACCCAGCCCGCCCCCCCUUCACCAGCCUCCUCGGGACCCCCGCGCCCUCGGCCGUCGGCGGCAACGAAGGCUGUUUCGAGAUCCUAUCUUCCCCCGCGCCCUCUACCAACCUCUCAAAAGGCGACUGGGUAAUCAUGCGUUCGACGGGCUUCGGGACCUGGCGCACGCACGCUACAGCUAGUCCGAACGACGUAAUCAAGAUAUCCAAUAAAGAAGGAUUGAGUCCCAUUCAGGUCGGCACCGUGAGUGUCAAUCCGUGCACAGCGUAUCGCAUGUUACGGGAUUUCGAGACGCUGGAUCCGGGGGCCGGGGACUGGUUUAUACAGAAUGGUGCGAAUAGCGGGGUGGGGCGGGCUGCGAUACAGUUCGGGCGCUUGUGGGGGGUCAAGAGUCUGAAUGUUAUACGGGACCGCCCGGAUGCGGCGGCGACGCAGGCGAUGAAGGAUGAUUUGCUGGCAUUGGGUGCUACGAAGGUUGUGACGGAGUCGGAGUUGAUGAGUAGGGGCUUCAAGGACCAGGUUGCGGAAUGGACGAAUGGGGGACGGGAGAAGAUCAAGGUGGGACUGAAUUGUGUGGGAGGGAAAGCUACACAGGUUCUGGUGAAACAGCUGUCGAGUGGUGGACAUCUUGUGACGUAUGGAGGCAUGUCGAAAGCACCGGUAGAAUUGCCUACAGGGCUGCUUAUUUUCAAGGAUCUGAAAUUCAGUGGGUUUUGGGUGAGUCGGUGGAGUGAUGAGAAUCCGGCGGAGAAGAAGAGGACGGUGGACGAGAUUCUGGAGUGGACAAGGAAAGGGGAGUUUAAGGAUAUCCCGGUGCAGGAGAUGAGAUGGGAUUGGAACACUGAGGCGGAGAAGCUCAAGGAGGGUGUGGCGGGGACUCUUGAAGGCUUUAGGGCGGGGAAGGGGGUAUUUGUUUAUGGUGAUACGUGA